ACUCUUUGUGUAACUACAGAAAAUCAAGACAAAACUAAGGAGAAUAAAACUUUUGGGAAAUGGCCGAGACUGUUGUUCCAAUUGUUGCUGAGCAGGUGGUUGCUCCUGCUGCAUGUUGGAUUAAGCGUCAAACUAGUUAUGUGUUCAACUUCAAAAGAAAUGUUGAUAAUUUUAAUGAUCAACUCCGAAGUCUGAAUCUUAGGAGAGAGACAACCGAGCAUGCUGUUGAUGAUGCAACUAGGAGAAAUAUGGAGGUGAUUGAAAGGGAGGUUGAAGUUUGGCUACAGGGGGUGACUAGAUUUAAUGAGGAUGCACAAGUUUUUUUCGAGGAAAUAGAGAGGGCAAAGAAAGGGUGCUUCUUUGGGUUAUGUCCUAAUGUAAAGGCAAGGUAUCAGCUUAGUAAAAAGGCUGAGGAGAAAUCGAAUAACGCAGCCAAAUAUCUGUCGCAACAGCAGCAGUUUCCUAGUGUUUCAUAUCGUCCUGCUCCACAAGGAAUACGUUUUCCACCCAUCAAGGAUUAUGAGAUCUUCGAAUCGAGAACACGCAAUUUGGAAGAAAUUAUGAAGGCCUUAAAAGAUCCUAAUGUCAACAUGAUUGGCGUUUGGGGUAUGGGUGGUGUGGGCAAAACUACUCUUGUGAAGAAAGCUGCUGAACAUGCCAAUGUAGAGAAGAUUUUUGAUGUGGUGGUUUUAUCGGAGGUAUCUUCAAAUCAAGACUUGAGAAAGGUUCAAGGAGAAAUUGCAGAGGCCUUAGGCUUCAAAUUCGAGGCGGAGACAAUUUCAGUGAGAUCCAUCCAGUUACGUGAACGUUUGCUAAAAGAAACAAAAAUUCUAGUGAUUCUUGAUAAUAUUUGGGCAAGGCUUGAUCUGGGAAAGUUAGGAAUACCUUUCGGGAAUGACCACAAAGGAUGCAAAAUAUUGAUGACAUCUAGAGAUAGACAGGUAUUAACCGAGAUUGGUACUAAUAGUUUGAAAAUUUUGGUUGAUACAUUAGAUGAUGUGGAGGGUCAGAAAUUAUUUGAGAAAAUGGCAGGGGAUGUCGUGAAAGUUCCCAAUUUGCAACCUCUUGCCAUUGAAAUAGCUAAAAGAUGUGCAGGUUUGCCACUUUUGAUUACGACAGUUGCAAGGGCUCUAAGUGAUAUAAAGGAUUCAUAUACUUGGAAAGAAGCCUUACAACAAUUAGAUAAGUUUGGAAAUGAUGAUUUCGAUGCACAAGUGUAUUCAGCUCUAGAGUUAAGUUACAAUCACUUGAGAAGUGAUGCGAUGAAACAGUUGUUCUUGCUCUGUGGUCUACUGGUAAAUAUUGAUUAUGCCAUUGAGGAUUUGGUGAACUACUACAUGACCCUUGAUGCUUUCAAAGAUAUUGAUCAGCUGGAAGAUAGGAGAAACAAGUUGCACAAAUUGGUUGGAGACCUCAAAUCUGCAUGUUUGUUAUUAGAUGCUAAAAAUGGUUACUUCAAAAUGCACGAUGUGGUUCGCAAGUUUGUUGUGUCUUUUGCACGCCAAAAGCAUAAUAUGUUCAUUGAAGAAUAUGAUGGUGAAUUGGAAGAAUGGCCCAAAAAGAAUACAGUUGCAAAUUUCUCCUCGAUAUAUUUUCGUCACAAUUAUAUUCACAAAUUAUUAGAAGGGUUGGAAUGUGAAGAGCUGAAGUUGUUUAUUCUGCAUUCCAAAAAUCAUGAUUUGGAGAUUCCUAGUUCAUUUUUCCAAGGGAUCAGAGGAAUUAUUGUCUUAGAAAUUAAGAAUAUAAUAAUUCGAUCCUUGCCUUCAUCUCUUUGUUAUCUAAACAACCUUAGCACACUCUCUCUUGAGGAGUGUGAGUUGGAUGAUAUAGCCGGAAUAGGAAAUCUAGUUGGACUAGAAGUUCUUCGCAUUGUGAAUUCAAAGAUCUCCCAUUUUCCUGAGGAAAUAAGAAAAUUGACUCGUCUGAAGUUGUUCAGUGUCAAUGGAUGUUCAAAUCUUGCAGUGAUUCCACCAGAUGUCAUUUCAUCGUUCACUCGAUUAGAAGAAUUGCAUAUGGAAAACAGCUUUGUGAAGUGGGAGGCUGAAGGAGUUAAUGGUCAAAAUGUUUGCCUUGCUGAGUUAAACAAAUUGUCUAAGCUGACUAGCUUAGAUAUUCACAUUCCGAAUUCCAAUAUUAUGCCAAAUGACUUGUUCUCAGUCAAGUUAGAAAGAUUUAAAAUACUAAUAGGAGAUGUCUGGACCGGGAGGUUGGAUAUGUUGAAUAGGUGGCGUUGGACUAGCGAGUAUGAAACCUCAAAAGGGUUGAAACUCAAACUCCCCACAAGCAUUCAUUUGAAGCCUGGUGUUAAGGAAUUGUUGAAGAAGAGUGAAGAUCUAUAUCUAGAUGAAUUGGGUGGUGUUAACAGUGUUUCUGAGUUAGAUGGGGAAGGUUUUCCAAGAUUGAGAUGUUUGCAUGUCCGAAUGGGUCGGAACUUCCAAUACAUUGUAAACCCAAACACAACAACUCCUUGUAACAUUUUUCCAGGCUUGGAGGUAUUGUCUCUUAAAGAGUUGAUUAACCUUGAGAUGAUAUAUCACGGCCAACUUGGAGUAGAGUCGUUUAGUAAAUUGAGAAUUGUGAGAGUGGAAAGAUGUGACAUGUUGAAGAACCUUUUCUCAUUCUCAAUUGCCAAAUCCCUUUUGCAACUGCAAAAAAUCAUGGUGGAGAACUGUAAAAACAUGGAGGAGAUUUUUUUCUUUGAAAGUGAAAAGGAUGGCGAGUGCGAUGUGGUUGAGUUAAAGGAAGUACAAUCCAUAGAACUCCGGCGUUUACCGAAGCUCACGAGCAUCUGCUCUAAGAUGAAGGAUGAGCCCAUCCCACUUCUUAAUGGGAAGAUAGUGUUUCCCUACUUAGAGAAGUUAGGCCUACAUGAUAUUGGUGCGGAAAAAAUAUGGGACAACAAUCUUCAAGCAAUGCCACAUUUUCAUAGAUUGACAAAGUUGAGAUUGUCAAGCUGUCAUAAAUUAAAGUUCUUAUUCCCCGUUGUCGUGGUCAAAGGUCUCAUUCAACUCAUGGAACUUGAGGUAAGAGAUUGUGAAUUAAUGGAAGGGAUAAUAGGAGGAGUGACAGGUCAGAUGAUCUUCUCCAAAUUGAAUGUCCUGUAUCUCGAAGAUCUUCCAAAACUAAAAAGAUUCUGCACAGGAAAUUCUAUUGAAUUUCCAUCCUUGUCCAAUAUGUGGAUAGCGAGAUGCCCGGGAUUGAAAUCUUUCAUCUUUGAUGAAAAGGACGUCAGCAAUGGUGACCUCCCACCUCCUCUCUUUGAUGAAAAGGUGGAACUCCCUACCAUUGAAAAAUUAUGCAUCCAAUCCGUUAACCUGAAAAGAAUAUGGCACAAUGAACUCCCCUCAGAAUCCUUUUGCAAACUAGGUUAUCUUUUCCUGUAUGACUGUGAAAAGCUAUUGGACUUUUUUUCGUCUAAUAUGCUGACAAGACUCCAGAACCUACAAGUUUUGGAUAUAGAAAAUUGCAAGUCAAUGGAUGUGAUAUUUGAUUUGGAAGGGCCAAAUGGUUUGGAGAUGCAUAUUGCAAAGGCCCCCAUAUUCAGAAAACUAAAGUUCAUAACAAUCGCGGAUUGUCCAAGUGUGAGAUAUAUUUUUCCACUCCCUAUAGGCAGUGGUCUUCAAGAACUUCAGAGGUUACAUAUUGAAGACUGUAGAGCAGUUGAGGAAAUUGUUGCAAUGGAAGGGGUAGAUGCGGAUGUUAGGUUUGAGUUUCUAAAAGUCACUUCCCUGAGACUUGUUGACUUACCACAACUAAAAAGUUUCUACCCUGGAAUUCAUAUCUCAAAAUGGCCAUUGUUAAAGGAAUUGGAAGUUAUUGGAUGUGAUAAACUGAAAAUAUUGGCUUCUGAAUGUUCGAAUGUCCAAGAAGGGGCGCAUGAUGGGUAUCUUUAUUUGCACGAAAAGGAUGAUGAUGAUGAUGAUGAUGCUGGAGUUGAAGAUUUGUCAAUGGAGAGAAAGAGGAUGAGGCGCAAAAAUCGGAGGCAGAUUGCUUCUUACCAUGUCCGUAGAUUGCGGUUGGACUCAAUUCGUUUUGGUAAGGGAUCAGAAAUAUGUAAUUAG